AUGAAUUACAUGAACUACACUUUCGAUCCACAACAACAACAGAAUAUCCCUUCUUCUUCAAUAGACGCUUCAUUCAGUAAUUUAUCAUUCAAUAACGGUUCUUCAAAUACUACAAAUGGUUCGCAGCUAUACGAUUCUAACAUAAAAUACAUGCAUUUCAACAAUAAUGUAAGCGCAAAUACAAGUCUGGAUCUCGAAAAUAGUAAUAGCAAUAAUAAUAACAACAAUAAUAAUAAUAGUAAUAAUAGUAAUACUAAUAGUAGUAACAAUAAUAAUAAUAGUAGUAAUAAUAAAAGUAGUAGUAACAAUAACAGUUACGAUGAAACGAUUGAAAAAUUAAAGGUGAAUUUACAAAUUAAGGACUCACAGAUUGAAUCACUGGAAAACGAAAUAAUAGCACUCAAAAAUUUAUUCAAUAAAAAGGCAACAAAUGAUACUAUUCAAAUCCCUAAAAAUAUAGAAAAUAUUAUAAUUAAAUUAUCUGAUACAUUAGCUGAAAAGGAAUCACAACUAUCGAAAACUCAGGAAACAUUGGAAACAAUAUUAACUUCAAUCUCUUUAAAUCCAACUAAUGGUAUCACAGAAAACGGUAGGUACGAUGUGGAGACGAUAUCGCAUAAACUUUUGAAUAAACUAGAAAUUUUGACAAAUGAAAAUGAUAAAAUGUCAAAAAUGCUAUCAUUUGGCCGUUCAAAGGAAUUACAAAUUAAAUCGAAUCUAUUAGAAUUAGAAAACGCUGAAUUAAAGAAAAGAGUCACUGAUUUAGAGAAGAAACUAAGUCAAAAAUAA